AUGUUCGAGGAGCCAUCGGAGAAAAUUGAUCGUGACUUCUUAUAUCUUCCCCUGAUUCGUAAGGAAAGACCCAACUUCCAAGUCCUAUGCUCGGUAUUAAAGAAAUUAGAACACAUUUUUCUUGAUAAAGAAACGAAACCGGUCUGGGAAAGUUAUUCUCUCGACCGCUUUGAAGAGAGUUCACCAGUAAAUCAGAAAGAUGCGAUCGAAUGGUUAACAAAACUUGUAGCAUCUCCCUUAGAUUGGAUAUACGAUGACUUUCAAAAAGAAGAGAUAAUGGAUCGAGCUGCAAAGUCAUCGGGUCCGAUCAUUAGAGAAUGGUGUUUUCCGCCACCAACGGGCAGUCACAAUUCUAUAGUUUUAAAGAUCCGUGAUUCAACUUUACUCGAUGACAAUGUCGGGUUCAAGACAUGGGGUGCUGCCUAUCUUUUAGCCAAACGUUUUACGUCAGGGGAAUCUAUCACACGGGAAAAACUGGUGUCAAAUUCAAUUCUCGAAAUUGGAGCUGGAACUGGGCUGGUCGGCCUGACCUGCGCAAAAAUGGGGUGUUCAAAUGUGCUGUUGACCGAUUACCAUCCACAUGUUCUCACCAACAUUGAUCACAAUAUUAAGAUAAAUCAAUUGAGUGUCGCUGUGAGCAUGGAAAAACUGGAUUGGAAAGAGAUCGCAAGUGGAAAUUUCGAAAAUUUACCCUCUUAUUUGUUGCAUCAAAAAUUUGAUAUCAUUUUAGGAGCGGACAUUGUGUAUGAAAUUCCACACACCGAUUGGAUACCCGAAGUGAUUAUCAAAUUUAUGAAAACCGAUGGGAUUUUCUAUCUAGAGAUUCCACUCCGCACCACACAUGCCAAGGAGGUUGAGCUGUUUGAACGAAAUAUGAUUGAGCGAGGACUGAUUUUGAAAAAAGUACAGAAUCAAAAGGGAUUGGAUGAUUUUAAUGGAAUCCAAAAUUAUCGGUAUUACGAAUGGGUUUAUAGACCUUGA